AAGUCGUCUUUUCUCUCCACUGUUGGGUGUACACUAUUUCCGCCAUGAAGCGCUUUGGUCUGUGGAUGUUACUUAUGUGGCAGUUGGUCCCAGCAGCUGCAGCCAACGAGGACAUUUUGAUUAUAACGUCUGUGCCUGAUGUGAACGUGACUUUAAACUGCGCUGCAAAGAUAAAGCCCGGUCUGCAGUACCACGCAGUCCGAUGGUACAAGGAGACUGGAGUCCCUCGUCUGAGCGGGCUGGUGUCCAAAACGCUCCCUGAUGGUCAGAUGAUGUGGUACGUGGACGCAGACACGCGGGUCUCUCUGGAGGAGGGGACUCUGAACCUGCGGCUGCCCACAGUGACGUGCUCUGACCAGGCAGUGUACCAGUGUUACCUGGCCGCACCUGUGGGGGAACAGAACAGGAAGGGGAGAGUACGCCUCAGUGUAACAGGCUGCCCCACCGUUAAACCAGCCCCCGCAGUAGAAGCAGAGCAACACAGAGGCACUCACAUAGAGAGCACCCCACUGGAGCCACAGCGUUUAAUGACGAGAGAGAACCUCAUCUUGUGUGGAGCCGUGGGACUGCUGCUUUCUGCUCUCAUGCUUUUUUUGUUCAGCUGCAGAAGCCUGAAGAAAACAUUAUGGACCCAAAACAAAACUCCAGGAAAGGGGCUGUACCCGGAUCCGAACUCUCCGCCGGAAAAGCAGGAUUUACUCUGGAUCCAAACGCUGGGUCCUCCGCCAAAGAAAUUGGAACCCACAGCAGCUUAAAGGCGCCAUAUUUGAACUUUACUUUUCUUUACUGUCAAACUCCUAUACUAGAAACGUAUAACCCAAGACGCACAAAUAUGAGGUUUAUUUUUAUAUUUUGGUUAUCUGACUGGUUAAAAUCUGUGUUAGUGAGCACCUGCCUUCAGCUCCUGUCACACUGCACUUUUAAUUUAAUUUAGCAUGCAAGCUUCUGGAGGUAUUUACGCUAAUGGGUUGAGUUCACAUGACAUAGAAUCCCUCUUUAACCUGAGCUGCAGACAGGUCAGAAUCCUCAGGAGUUUGUUGUUUAACUGUCAGACUACAGAUGUGUUAACCUGGAUUAUGGUUAACAUGACUGUAAUUGCUGGACCUAUUCACAAAAAGCGUUGCCAUUGCUUAGCCGCAACGACGUGAGUGUUGUCAUAUUAAUCUUAUGGCUUAAAGUUGGCACAGAGAUAUAAACCAUAAACCAGGUCAAUACAUCUGCAAUCUGACAGUUACAUGGGAAACUCAACGUGAGGAUGACCUGACCUGUCUCCAGCUCAGUUUGAUAGAGCUUUAGAUGUUGAAAUGUCACGUGAACACAACCUAACGUUUGUGUUUGUGUGUGUGUGUGUCUGUGGACGGCGAGAGAGCUGUGGAUAGAGUGAGAGACACACACAUGUAGCAUAUUGAGCACGUCGAGCAUGUGAUGUUUGAGGUUAUAGUGGUAGAAAUAGUUUAAUUUGCUGUUAAAAGUACUGCCUAUGAUCAAUUGGGCCGGUUCAGCGGGAGGACUGAGGGCCAAUAAAACUGGUCUGAGGGCCGCGUUUGGUCCCCGGGCCAUAGUUUGGACACCCCUGACAUAAGGCGAAGUACACAGUGCAUGUGUACUUUUUGUAACUGUUGUAGUCUAUUCUUUUGAGGAAACCAGAGUGUAUGCAUAGUUGUGUAUGUUUUAGUGUGAAUGAAUUCUAAUCAUACAUGACUGUAUAACAAAAGUUUCUCAGUAGUUGUAUAGAAAAUGUCAGAAGGAAGUGUGGAAAAACCCCCCCAAAACAUUUCCUUUUUAUUUAACAAGUUUGAAUUCUGUCAACUGAGUGAAUAUGGAACAAGUUACUGGAUGACAGAAUUGAACUUGUGUUUUCUAUUACAUAAUUUAUUAUUAUUAUCAUCAUUACAUAAUUUAUUAUUAUUAUCAUCAUUACAUAAUUUUCAUGUAUAUGUGUAGUCUUGAUUGCACACUGUGGCCACUCAUCCUCUCUGUAAAAGCACAGUUUCACAGUGAUAUGUUUUUUUUCAUGGAGGUGAAUUUGGCCUCUAACCAAUAAUGGUGCAGUGCAAUCUCAUUUUAUCUCUGAAGUUUUAUAAUACUUCUUUCAGAGAUAAAAUGUGACUUCUACUAUUAUGGUAUAAACUGUCCUUUCAUGAGCUAAAUAUUCAGUUGGGAGUGACAUGAUGAACUUUUUAUGGGUUUAAGGCAAAAAUGUGGUGUUUUUGUGACAGGAAGGGCAUCUGACACAGCGAGACUUUUUAGGUAAGAAGUUCACUGUGACAGGAGCCGACAGGUGCUCACAGAUACAGAUUUGAACUAGACCAGACAUAAAAGCUUGUUUAUUUGUAUAUAAAAAUGCUAAAACAGGACUAAACCAGGACCACCCUAGAUCCUAAAGUCUAAACAAGGUCUAGUACUGUUCUGCAAAUUAUAUCCUCCAACAAUUUUAAUGGUAUUAGUAGUAGUGGUAGUAGUAGUAGUAAUAGUUAUAGCAGUAGUAGUAAACUCAGUAUGUGAAAUUGAAGUAAUUUUAAAUGUGGAAUAUUUCAUUUUAUUUUGUUUUUGUUUUAAUGAAGUGAAAUUGUUUUUUCACAUUUUUAACAACUUCAGUGUCAGUGAGAUACUACAACUGCUACUAACUACUACUACUGCUACUGCUACCACUAGUAGUGCAGAAGUACCAUCCCUUUCACUUUGAUCUUGCUCCUUUGUUACAAUUGACAAUAUAGUAAAAGAAAAAUACAAAAUCUUUUACUGGACAAAGCUUUAGAGUGAAGACGUGUGGCGUUUCUUCAGUUCUGGUCAGGUUACUGGUGACACUGUCUUAUCUGUCUGAAGGAAGGAGCUAACUACACUCAAACUAACACAUAACACAUUAUUCAGUGUUAACAAACACAAACUUGAGAAUAAUAAGAGAAAGAGUUGUGUGUGUGUCUUUUUAUAAAGUGUAUGUAAACUUAUUUUUUGAAAUAAUUUUUUUAAAUUAUUUGUAUAGUAACAAAACUAAAUCAAGAUAACAAAAAUAAGACUUGCACACAAACAAACAUAUAUGCACAAAUACAUAUACACACAGUAUGUAUGCGUGUGUGUGUGUAUGUAUAUAUAUAUAUAUUAUAUAUAUAUAUAUUUUAAGUGUAUGUGAACUUCUGAUUAAAAGCUAACUAUUUCAGUGGAGUAGAUGAGAGAGUAGGUGCCAGUUGUACACAGCCCAAACACAGCAGCAGAGACGGGUGGAUGGGCCUCAGAGGAGCAGCACAAACAGGUGUUUUGAUUCCCUUCAUUGUUGUGUGACUGGCAGAGCAGCCCUUCCACAGAACAGUUUCAGACCCAGCAAGUUUUAGUUCUGUUUCAGUUCAGUUUCUCAGUGAAGCAGCAUCAGACAUGUUCAGUCUUUAAACAGCAGCAGAAGUUUGUUUUUAUAUAUUUGCCAUAGUGAGCAGGAUUGAAAUGAGCAUGUGCAUGGCUGGAACAUGAAUAACAGCUCGACCUGCCAUUGGCCAGAUAUUUCAUAGGCAAUAGAAGAGUCAUGACACAAUAGAUUCAUCAGUGAGACUGUGGGAAUAAGUCCUCAUUUGCAUGUUUUAUUAAUGAAUAAGCCCUCAUUUGCAUGUUUUAUUAAUGAAUAAGCCCUCAUUUGCAUGUUUUAUUCAAGAAUUUAAAUUGUGCUAUAGCUCUCUGAUCACGAUCCAACAUUGGAAGACCACUAGAACCAACUCCUACCUGAUUUUAAAAUAC